CCUGCCGUCGACGCGACCUCCUCCUCGUCCUCCUCUUCCAGGCGCCCCCUUCCCUCCCCUUCCUCGUAGCCUGAAGACAUUUCAGCUGGAAGCCUGUGUGCCUGCUCGCCUCUCUUGGCUGGCAAUCUUCUCAGCUCUGCCUGAUCCAGGCUGUUUGCGCCCUGAUUCCCGACGUCGUUCCAGAUAUUGUGGAUGCAGCGCACAAUCCUGCCCAUCCUCUUCACUCUCGUGGCGCCUUCGCUCGCAUUCACUCCGACGAUCGGUCUCCGCAGGCCGUCCCCUGUUUCUUCUGAGAGGGCCAAGACCCCCGAUGCCUCUACUGUCCCCUACGGUGAGUGGGAGUCGCCCAUCACUUCCAAGGACAUCACAGACGGGACUGUUGGGUUGGGGUCGCCGACAUUCGAUGGCGAAGAGUUGUACUGGCUGGAGUCUCGUCCCAAUGAAGGAGGUCGGCAAGUUAUCGUGAAGAUGGAGGGAGGGCAGCCUGUCGACCUGACUCCUCCCUCCUUCAACGUGCGCAGCCGCGUUCACGAGUAUGGCGGUGGGGACUUCAUAGUUAACAAAGGCGUCAUCUACUUUGUGAACUUCGUGGAUCAAAGGAUCUAUGCUCAGCUGGCGUUUCCAGGGGUCGAUCCUGUUCCCAUCACCCCAGAGGGAAAGUUUCGCUUCUCCGACAUGGUCGUGGACGAGCGCAGGAGCCGCCUGAUCUGUGUGGUAGAGGAUCACAGUAGAGAAGGAGAGCCGACAAACUUCAUCGGGUCGGUCAAGACGGACGUUGAGGAGGGAGCUGCUCUUACUCCUCCUGAGGUGCUCGUGGAUGGGCAGGACUUUUACGCUUCUCCUCGUCUGUCGCAGGAUGGGGAGCAGCUGGCGUGGGUGAGUUGGAUACACCCGAACAUGCCGUGGGACGCGACGGUUCUUACUCGGGGAGCCCUGGAUGCGAGCGGAAAGGUUGCCAGCAGGAAGGUGCUGGCGGCAGGGCAGGAGUCGAUCAUGAACCCUACUUGGGAUGCCUUCGGUCAGCUCUACUUCAUCUCCGAUCGCUCUGGCUGGUACAACAUCUACAGAGAAGGUUUCGUCGGAGUGUCCGCAAAGAAUGCUCUCGUUUCUGAUGAACAUGCAGACGAAGGAGAAGUUGUUGCGGUGAAGGAGAUGGAGGCAGAGUUCGCAGGUCCCAUGUGGAAGUUGGGAUCGAAGCCGUUCGUUUUCCUCCCCGACGGAAGAAUCCUCUGCAACAUCAAGCAGGUGGCUGGGAGCCGUCUGUCGAUUCUUGACCCUUCCAACGGGAAGGUGGAGAACAUAGCUUCUUCCUACACCCAUGUCGGAGGGUUCGCUGUAUCAGAAGACAAGAUCUCUUUCCUCGGAGGCUCCGCCCGGCAGCCUACAGAGCUUGUCAUCGCUCCGAUCGCCAAGUUUCCAGCGAAGAAGUCGGACCUGACUGUUGUGAAGAAAUCAUCGAAACUAGAGAUCAAAAGUUUGUACCUCUCCGAACCAACAUCGAUCGAGUUCCCUACAGGACGUCCGGGCCAGACUGCAUGGAUGAUUUACUAUCCACCCCAGAACGCCAAGUUCGUCGGUCCCUCCGGUUCUCUUCCUCCCCUCCUGGUCAAGAGCCACGGGGGUCCCACAGCAGCCGCAUCAACAGCCUUCAACCUCGGGAUUCAGUUCUGGACCAGCAGGGGCUAUGCCGUAGCAGAUGUGGACUACUCCGGGUCCUCGGGGUACGGCAGGAAAUACCGUGAGAGGCUCAAGGGGAAUUGGGGAAUCUAUGAUGUAGAAGACUGCUGCAGCGCCGCCAAGUUCCUUGAGCAGCAAGGACUCGUUGACGGCAGCAAGAUGGCCAUUGAUGGAGGAAGUGCUGGCGGAUACACCACCCUCUGCUGCUUGACCUUCAAGGAUACUUUCAAGGCUGGCUGCUCCAGCUACGGCAUCGGAGACCUCGAGACGCUCGCGAGCGACACGCACAAGUUUGAGAGUCGCUACCUCGACUCACUCGUUGGACCCUACCCGGAGAUGAAGGAGGAGUACCGCAAGCGCUCCCCCAUCAACUACGUCGAGCAGCUCAAGUGCCCGAUCGCCUUCUUCCAAGGAGCUGAGGAUCGAGUCGUUCCCCUCAACCAGGCCGAGGCCAUGCACAAGGCCGUCAAGGCCAAAAACAUCCGAACUGCUCUCGACGGCGAGCUCUUCUUCUUCAACUCCGCGUUCGGACUCAAGGCCACCAUGCCGGGUGACCUCGAUGUAAGAUGA